UUUGUUUAAGGUGUUCUUGUGUGUGUUCAGUGUUAGUAAAUCCAGCAUGCCAAGGCCUUCAAGGGAAUCCUAUGGCGAUCAGAAACCACCCUAUUCCUACAUAUCUCUGACCGCGAUGGCCAUAUGGAAUUCUCCGGAGAAAAUGCUGCCUUUAUCGGAAAUCUACAAGUUCAUAACGGAUAGAUUCCCGUACUACAGGAAAAACACGCAGAGAUGGCAGAAUUCCCUGAGGCACAACCUCUCCUUCAAUGAUUGCUUCAUUAAAAUUCCCAGACAACCGGACAGACCGGGAAAAGGUGCGUACUGGGCUUUGCAUCCCGCUGCUUUCGAUAUGUUCGUGAACGGGAGCCUUCUUCGGCGAAGAAAAAGAUUCAAGCUGUUGAAAAGUGACAAAGAAUCACUGGAGAUAGAAUUAGCGGCAUUAACUAAUAUCAACAGAAUAUUUUUCGCUCCACCGAAUACUUCAGUAGACAUCAAUCCGGCGGCAAAUUCUUCUGUCAUGGCUCCUCAGCCUACUUCCCCGAUUUUGACGAAAACUCCAGAAACUGCGGUUACUUGCAUAAGGCCCAAAAGGUCGUUCACGAUAGAAAGUUUGAUUUCUCCCGAUAAACCUACGCCUGUAGCUCCCAGUGCGACGCACAUCAUUCCACCUGUUCAUCCUUGGGUGCUGUCAUCGUCUUGCUAUGAUUUGGCGUUCACGAAUUCGGUGGCACUUAUGCAGCCACCUCAUGCUCAUUACGAUAAUUAUGGACUCGCAUCUGCCGAAGAUUUGUUCAGAGUUUCACAGUUAUAG